UGCAUCCUCUUCCUGGAGAAGCGCAAAAUGAAAAUCAACAAGGAUUCCUCACAAGGGCAAGAGCAAGGGCAAGGGCAAGGGCAAGGGCAAAGGCAAGGCCACUACUCUCUGCCUGAGCUAUGGUUUCUGUGCAAAACAAAAAGGAAGCUGAUUCACAUCAAGAAAAAGCUGUUUGUUGCUACAAGCCACCCAGUAGUACCAGACAGACUUCCCUUUCUGCCGUCACGGAUGUAGCCACAACUUCUUCUUCUUCUGGCUCUUUCUCAUUUGAUGGACCAACGAUAGACGACGACGAUCUCGAUGACUUUGAAGACCAACUCGAAAAUAUAGCAAAUUUGGUUGUGGGUAGAAGAGAUUUGGAUGAAGAAGGAUUUAGUAAGGAAAUUGGAAUUGUGGGGAUUGGGGGUUGCGGUAAGACCCUUGUGGCCCGAACAGUUUUCAACCGAAGUCGUGUGGGGAUUGUGGGAAUUUGGAUCAACUUACAAGCCAUAGAGAAAGGAGAAAUAGAUUUUAAGAAGAUUCUCAAGGCUAUGCUGAAGCAGUGUGAUGAUGGGCAAAGAGAUUUUGUGGAUGGUAGUGUGGAGGUGGAGGAGGAGGAGCUAUUGGAGGCCCUCUGCAAAGCAUUGUGGAGUAAGAGUUAUUUAUUAGUGUUUGAUGGAAUUUGGGAUAUCAACCUGGACUGGUACUUCAGGUUAAAGGAGAGACUCCAGUGGUGUAACAAAUCAAAUCAGAGUAGAAGGCGCAGACUCAUCAUCAUUACAACCAGACUCGAUGGUGUGGCUAAGAGGAUGGUUGGGCCCAAUAAUUUAUAUCGUAUGCAGCCCUUUUCCAAUCUGCUUAUUUCGGGCCAUAUUAGUGGGGCGGUUCCUCGGGAGCAUCCCAUUGUGGUGAAAAUGAAGGAUGAAAUGAUAUACCAUUCUCAUGGUCUCCCGUUAGCUGCAACAACGUUCUCCACAAUUAUGCAGAACCGAGUCUAUGGAGGGGAGUUUUUGGUGGCGAUGCUACAACAAAUCGGGUUUUACAAGCAUUCUAUGAUAUGGAACUCCAUCCGACACCGCUAAUUGGUGUGAUGCCUUUGGGAACACAAGUUAACAUUUCAAUUUCUCUUGGAUGGGGAAAUCAACUUUCUGAUACAGAUUCUAGGCCUGGAAUUUUCCUUCCUAAAUUAAGGGAUGCUGAAGAGAUAUUGAUAGACAGUUGGAAUUUUGUAAUGAGGACAUCAAUUCCAGAUUGUCUUGAGAUACCAAAGACUCUUCGCAUUCAACAUGUUUCUGAAGACGACUUAUUGCUCAUGGUAACGUUUUGUCAUAUAGCAUUUUUUUUUUUUAAUUUACAAGAGAACAAAUAUUUUGCUCGCAAAUUGAGAACUUUGCUUUUGCACAAAUAAUUAAUGCAUUAGUUUUUUACAAUGCAUAUGUUUUGGGAUCAUGAUUGUUUUUGUA